UUUUUAAAAAUCAUGGCAGAAAAAAAGAGAAAAAUGUGGGAGAAGGAAAUUGCUGAUGAGGAAGAUAAGAUUACAAAGGAUGAAGAAAAAAAGACUAAAAUUAAGGAGGAAAUGGAACAAAAAGUUUCAAAAUUGGAUGAAAAAAAGGUUAAAUUGGAAGAGGAAAUGGAACAAAAAGUUUCGAAAUUGGAUGAUAGUAUUUUAAAUCGUCGUAAGAGAAUUCAGACAAUGCAAUACGGCAUUCAAUCAUUAGACAGAGGAGCUGGCCAGGCAACCAAAGCCGUGUCUGAAGCUCAAGCGGAAGUUGGACCAUCUAUGCCAACAACUUCCUCAUCUCUGCCUGAAAAUGUCUCUGGUGAAGGUAGUGGUAGUCCAGUUAAGAAGAAGACACACAUGGCCGCGGACUUUGCUUUCAAAAAGGAGGACGAGAAAAAAGAAUAA